GCGGCGAAAAAGAUAGCGAAAACCCAGCGGAAGGAGGCGAGAAAAAAAAAGAAGCGGCAAAAAGCGAGCCCCCCGAUCCCCACCCUCUGCCCCCCAACCACCGCCGGCGAUCGCCGCCGCCGCGGAUGCGAUGCGCCCCCCCUCCUGCGGCCGGGGCGGCACCGUGGGCCGGGCAGGGUGAGAGAUCCCCGCGCGUCGGCACUGCCUCGUGCGCCUCCGAGCUCGCCCCCCACGCUCACCACGCCGACCGCCGCGGCUUCGCGGCCAUGUGGUUGUUCUGGCGCACCAGGAACCGCUUCUCCAUCGAAGAGCUCCGGUAUUUAACAGAUCAGCUACAAAAGAUUCAUGUUGUUUAUGAAGCUAAUAAGGAAUUUGUGGUUGAAGCAUUGCGAUCAAUUGCGGAACUUAUGAUAUAUGGCGACCAGCACGAUCCAUUAUUUUUUGAAUUUUUCAUGGAGAAGCAGAUCAUGGGUGAAUUCGCUCGUAUUUUGAGGAUUUCUAAGCUGUCCAGAGUGUCACUACAGUUGCUGCAGACAAUGAGUAUCAUGAUUCAAAAUUUAAGGAACGAGCAUUCAAUUUAUUACAUUUUCAGCAACGAGCACAUUAACUUCUUGAUAACUUACUCGUUUGAUUUCCAAAUUGAUGAGAUGCUAUCGUACUACAUAUCCUUUUUGCGGGCAAUAAGUGGGAAGUUGAAUAAGAAUACAAUUUCCUUGCUCGUGACGACAAAAAAUGAUGAGGUCAUCUCCUUUCCUCUCUAUGUUGAGGCCUUAAAGUUUGCUUUUCAUGAGGAUAGCAUGAUCCGUGUUGCUAUACGUACCUUGACACUUAAUGUCUAUCAUGUUGGAGAUGAAUCUGUUAACAGAUUUGUUUCGCGUGUGCCACUGUCAGAUUAUUUCUCUGACAUGGUCAAACAUUUUCAGAAGCAAUGCAUCGACUUGGAUAAGUUGGUCGUGCGUUCUGCACGGAAUGCAGAACCUGUGCUAAUGGCCUCCAUUGAAGAUGCAAUUGUGCAAAUUGAAGAUGCCCUGUAUUAUUUCAGUGAUGUUAUGUCUUCUGGCAUCCCUGAUCUAGGAAAUUUUAUCACUGAAAAUAUCCUGCAACUUUUGGUAUUCCGGAUUGUACUCCCAUCAUUGCAAAGGCAGCGCACUGAUUUAUGGAUAAGUGUGAGUACUUCCAUGUAUUUGCUUUGCUGCAUACUUCACAUUUUUAAGGACAAAGAUAUGGCAAGCACUGUUGCUGCUGCUCUUUUCCAUCAGCCUGAUUGCCCUGAUAGGAAACAAGGAACACCCAAUGGUUGUACCUCUGAGCAUGAUCAUGGCAUAUCUGAGAACCAGGUCAGCAACACCUCUGCGGAAGAUCAAUCGAAUGCAGACAAGCCAACGUCUUCGUCUUCUGCACAUUUGCAGUGUUUGCCUGAUCAUCCAUCAGCAAGUGAUUUCUGCCAAGGCAACACACUGAGGGAACACUUGCUAUCAUAUAUCACAGGUGGGGAUGGUUCCCAAGCUUUGGGUUCUUUGUGCUUAUUUGCUACAUUAUUGCAGACAAAAGAACUUGAUGAAUCAAUGUUAGAUGCACUUGGAAUUUUGCCUCAAAGAAAGCAGCAUAAGAAGCUUCUAUUACAAGCUUUGGUUGGUGAAGAUACAGCUGAAAGGCAGCUAUUUUCAUCAAGUAGUGGUGUUGCAGAUGAUAGCAUCUGCAGUGAUUUUGAUAUUUAUAUAAGGAAGCUUCAGAGUAAUUAUGGGUUACAGUGUCAUCAUCCACGGCAAUUGACUUCUAAAGUUCACAGAUAUCAGGUGCUCGAUGCAUUAGUCACCCUUUUCAGCAGGGCUAAUAUAUCAGCAGAUGUUCGUGUAGUUGGUGGCUGGCUUUUUAGGCAACUGCUGCCCCAUGGAGAGGACGAGUUUACUGCUUUUCAUCUAAAAUUACUAAAGGAUUCACACAAGGAUUGCAGUGAAAAGCUGCUGGAAGAAUCUGGAGGAUGCUGGUGUGACUUGCUUCUUCCUAUCGUUAGAGAAGCUUGGAAAAAUUGCAAGAAAGCAAUUGAGGCAUCUUCACCACCCAAAGGAUCCAAGUCUAUUAUUUCACCUUUGGAUUCGUGUUUAUUUGGAGGUGAUUCUUCUAUCGCUAUCGCGGAGAGAAUCUAUGAGAUGGUUAAGGGUUUUGUGCUACAGCAUCAAGUUAUACUCUUCUGCCUUGGAGAAACUUUCACUGAUCAGCCGCCUAUUUACUCUCCAGUCGAUCUGCCUGUAAAUAAGCGAGCAACUGCAGCAGGCUUCGAUGGUUCAGUGCCCAAGCCUGGGCUUGAAGUCAACUUAGUUGAUGCAAUUCCUUGCCGGAUAGCAUUUGAGAGGGGCAAAGAACGUCACUUCAGCUUUUUAGCUCUAUCUAAUGGAACUUCUGGGUGGAUUCUCCUUUUAGAAGAAUUACCACAACAACGUGGAAUUGUUCGUGUCACUGCCCCCUUGGCUGGUUCUGAUCCAAGAACAGAUGAAAAGCAUGUGAAGUGGUUGCAUUUAAAUAUUCGUCCUUCAACUGUUCCUUUCCUUGAUCCGGAAAAAUUCAAAGGCAAGACAAAGAAGUAUCUUGUUGAUGGGAGAUGGACCCUUGCCUUCAGAGAUGAACAAUCUUGCAAGGCAGCAGAGGCCAUGGUUAUUGAAGAGAUGAAGCUCCAGCAAGAUGCCGUCAGGGAACAGUUGAAGGCAUUGCUUGAACUUAACAUGCCUGAGAAUGGGUUGCAGCAUCCUCAGCUUUCCCAGGAAACCUCUUCUGAUGACGGUUCAUGACCGGUUAAAGUUUCUUUUGCAGUGUUGAACUUCUAAGAAAUGGCGACAGGAAGUCCUCCAUGUUGGCGAGUAGGUCGCCAUGCUCUGUAUAUUACAUCGGCAGAUUAGAUAUCUUGUUAACACACACACACUGUAGAGUUUCAACCCUUUUGAGGUAAGUUAGGUCUAUAGGAUUCUUUGUACAAUAGUCUGUAUCUGUCCUUUGUCCCGUGUAAUGUUAUAUACAUAUCGCAGUCCAUUCUUUGAUAAGCUUCAGGACAGAGUUGGGUGGUCAUUGUACACUAAUUGUUUGAAGAGACCGACCUGCAAACAAUAAGAUCUCUUGUCAAGUGUACACUAGCUGUUAGAGGCCUGCAAACAAUCAGAUCUGUUGUCAAGUGUACACUAGCUGUUUAAAGAGGCCUGCAAACAAUCAGAUCUGUUGUCAAGUGUACACUAGCUGUUUAAAGAGGCCUGCAAACACUCAUAUCUGUUGUUAAAGAGAGCACUGCCAAUAAUAAUAAUGUUGGAACCCUUUCA